UCGCAGGCACACCCAAGCAGUGGAGUUCAGUUAUUUGUCACGAAAAUUUGGCGGGGUCGACAAUGAAAAGACUGUUUUGAGCAUAGCGUUUUCGAGCAAAAGCAUAACGUUUUUUAUAAACUGGUAUUCCAAUAGGCUAAGCAAAAAAAUUAACUAGAAUCCGAACUGGAGGCGAUGUUACUUAGUAACUGUCAUUGUUUUUCUUGUUUCCUUGUUCCUCAGGACCCAGGAGAAUAUAUGUGAUCACGUGAUAGUGGAUGUGUAUCAUUGAUUAAAAACAAUGGACGCAUGGUAUUCCAGCGAAGUACAAAGUGCGGAGGGUAAUUAGUGGUGGUACCAUGAUCUCUAAAAUGGCAGGGAUGUGCUUCUGAAAUAUGUAUCAAAAUCCGCCUAUCGCUUGACGUAAGUUGUUUUCGAUAAAGAGCAGGCGACUGAUUUAUGCUGAUAGGCCUAAUCUAAAGAAAGAUGGUUGGAUAUUCGGAGGUAUUCAACUUAAUAUGGAAAACGUGCCAGAAAGAAUGGGUCGACAACAAGCACCCAAAAGGAUUCUUCCAGGAAAUGGCAGACAAUAUUUGUUUGGAAAAGAUGGAUUUUGUUCGCUUCAUUGCUAUAGCGAUUAUCAUUACUUUUAUUCGCAAAGGAGUUGCAAAGUAUUUCCUGCAGCCUUUGGCAGAGAAGCUGAAUUUUGAUAUCAAAGACAGGGCUAAUUUUCCAGAAUGCACAUUUAAAUUCAUUGUAUACUUAUUACUGUAUGCUACUGAAUGUGUUGUGCUUCUGUCAACAUACAAAGAAUUCCUUACUGAUCCAAGGGCUCCAUGGAAAGGAUGGCAAGUUGGAAUGAGUGUUUCCCCAGAUCUUUACUGGAUAUACGCGGCUGAAACAGGUUUCUAUAUACAUGGCAUAUAUGGGACAAUCUUUAUGGACAUUUGGAGAGAUGAUUCUGUGAUGCUCUUGCUUCAUCACGUCCUAACAAUUUCAUUGAUUGUUUUCUCUUUAGGUCUAAGGUAUCACAAGAUUGGCCUUGUUGUUCUUUUCCUUCAUGACAUUGCUGAUGUCUUCUUAGAAUUCACAAAAAUUAUCAAGUGUUUCCAGAACAGAGAGAAGUCAAAAAAAUCAAUUUACAGUAUCAUUACUAGUUUGGGAUUUGUUUUCUUUGCUUCUGCCUGGAUUGGCUGUAGAAUAUUCAUUUAUCCUCUGAUUGUUUUGUAUUCCACUGGGUACGAGGCUAGAAAUGAGCUCCCAGAUGCUCCAUUCUACUUCUUUUUCAAUGGCCUACUGUGGAUCUUGUUCUGCAUGAAUGUGUGGUGGUCAUAUUUCAUCAUAUUAUUGAUAUUUCGCAUUAUUGUUGGCAAGUCUAAAAGCAUUGAGGAUACGCGAGAAUUGUAUGUUACGGAGGAGCAGCUUUUGAAUUCAAAGAAGAAGGAUAGCUUAGGUGAAACUGGUGAAGCCAAUGCAAAUGAAGGUGAGCAGAAAGAGGCUAUGACAAACGGUUCAUUCCAAAAUGGUGUCACUCAGAAUGGUGUAGCACAUAAACAUCACAACGGAGCACAAAAGCAAGAAAAUGGUGUCAGGAAAAGGAAUUAGAAGGUGACAUGUUUCUGGAUAACAUGGAGUCCAGUUGUAGUAAAUUUUUAAAUUGCUGGUGGAAAAUAAUUGUAUUCUAAAUGCCAGAUCAUUGAACAUUUAUUUAUCUGGUUAAUGUUGGACGCAUAUUUACUCGUCACUUUCAAUUGCAUUGUACGUGUAUAUUCAAGGUUGACUUUGAGAAUUUUUGUUAUUUAAACAAUUUAACGGUUACAUUUUAAGCAAUUUUAGCGAGUUUUCAUCUGCAAUCUCAGAACAGGUCUUUCAGAUUUAGAAUCCUAGCCUUAUGUAGAAAUUAUCUAGUGAACCAAUACCAAAACUAUCUGCUGGUUCAGAGAUUUAAAGUUAAAGUGCCAAGAGAAAACUAAAGGAAACACAACAGUUGUAUCCAAUCUUUCUUCAUUGUACACCUCGGUACUGAUUAUCUAUCUCUCUACCUUAAAAUCGGACGUUUUAUAUACUUUUAAUCUACCCAAACUAAAUAUGUCUACCAAUCAGCAUUUAGAAAAACAGGUUACAAUUUUUACGUCAAAGACUUUUUAUGAAUAACUUUCAAAUGCAUAUACGGAUUAAUAAAUGUCGUUAAGCUGUUUGUUUGGAUAGAUAGCUAAUAGAUCGAUAGAUAAAUAGCUUGAGAUAGUCAAUUAUUAGUCUGAGUCAGCCCAGCACGCCGUUAACCAAAUGUAUUACGGAUAGGACGCAAACAUUAAUUACGCAAGCAACUAUAUGAAUUAACAAGAAGAAAAAACAAAUCUCUAUGUGAAAAGCAUGUGCUUCAGUGCUAUAUUAAACGCGCUGGCAUGAAUGGAAAAUCCCAACACCUUAUUUCACGCUGAACAUAUGAUCAUCCCAAGUAUGUUUACGUCUACAUGGAAGUAUACUGAUGAUGUUUGUUCGGUCAUUGGUCAGUGGCUAUUAUCAACAUAGUGACAAUUCUAGUGAUUACCCAAUCUAUGUAUUACCCCUCGCUUUCUCUCUCUAAUGUUAACCGUAUAAGUAUGUUUUCCCUCAGUUUUCCUUUCACUGGGAGGACUUAGCGGCGUAUAAACUUUGCAGCAUACAAUUACAUAACGCGCACAACACGCAUUUUUUCAUAAGAACUGUCUACAAGAAACUGAGCCCAAAAGUGACCAAAAAUUAAGAUCCCAUGAUGCUGAUCACUCUAAACAUUAAUUAAUUACUUGGAAAACCUUAUGCAUGUUUAACAUAUUUAACAAAUGAGAAUGCGCCUUGCGACUCACGAGGUGUUGUAUAUUUAUGGUUCUUAUAAUCCGUUUCUGUGUUUCUUAGUAGCUUGUUACCAUUUUGGCAUUUAAGAAAUAUUUAGGAAAUAUUUAUGGGCUUAGUUUCAUAUCGCAGAAAAGCUUGUAGUUAUUUUUCUGUUUCUGCUUGUAAAUUCUACUUAUCAGCUACGUUAAGCAGUUCUGAAAACAUCGUUUUUUCGAAAUCUAGUUUCAGUGUUUCCAAAUAACACCCAGUAUUUGUAUUUUUAAUGGCCGUAAAUAAUUUACCUACGCCGUGAAAGACAUCUUUUAUCGUGGAUGUAAAAUUAUUUUAUGAACCUCGCUUAUUACAUCAGUUUCUUUAGCGAAUUGUAACUAUAUUUUAUUUUUUGAUAAAUAGUUAAUUUAAUCGACGAUGACGCAAUAUCUUCGAUCAACGCCACCCUAACUACAUGCCUACCCCUUUGCAAAAUCAGAUUUAAAAAAGGCACAGUUCCCAGAACAAUCUGUGAAUCAUAUCUGGAGAG